AUGUCUGAUUCGCCGAUGAGCCCUCAGCAGAUGUACAUUUACGGCGGGACGGGCGGCGCGGGUGGCGGUGGAGGCGGACAAGGCGGAAAUGGCGGCGCAGGACAGGGCCCACGCGUCUACGUGACCGGGGAUAACAACACCAUCUACAGCGCUGGCGAGACGGAAGAACAAGAGCGGAUGAAGGUCCUCGAGUGGAUCUCUCCGCUUAAUUUCCUCGUUCGACACCAAGAAAUCACUGCGACGCGGGAGAAGACGACGGGCGAAUGGCUUCUGCAACAGCCCGAUUUUGUCAAGUGGAAAUCAGGAUCGGGCAAUAUGCUUUGGUGCUCGGGCAUUCCUGGCAUGGGCAAGACAGUGCUUGUGUCCAAGGUCAUUGACCACUUUCAGCAAGCUCAAUUCAAAGAUAGUUCCAUUGGCAUUGCAGGUGUCUAUCUGAACUACAAAGAAAUGAGUGUACAGACAAUUGAGAACCUGCUUGGUGCCAUCUGGAAACAGCUUGUCAAAAGCCAAGAUAUUGAGGCUGCAAAAGCAUUGUAUGAUGCCCAUAGGGACCAGAAGACUAGAGCAAGCAUAGCCGAGAUCCAGAUGCUUCUUUCACCUCUUAUCGAGAAGUUCAAGACCCUGUACAUUAUUGUUGAUGCCCUUGAUGAAUACCCAGCUGAUAAACGAGAUGUGCUUGUGGAUCAUCUCAUGCAACUGGGAAAGAAUGUUAAUGUCUUGAUCACCUGCAGACCCAAUGUGUCUCCUCCCCCAGGCAUUAAAAGUCUGUCAACACUAGAACUUCAAGCAAGUGAGCAAGAUAUUAGAAACUAUAUUAUCACUUCACUUCAAGGCCACAAACGACUCUCUGGAUUCAUGAGCAAAGAUGCAUCUCUACAGAAGCAGAUUCUGACCAAGAUCAUUGCAAAGGCCCAUGGAAUGUAA